GUGAUGGACAGCUCCAUGCCGCUGAUUGGAGAGCAUGUGGAGGAGGAUCGACUGCUCAUAGCAGACCUGGUUAUAACUAAAAUGACUCAGCUUGUCACAGGCACCCACUCGCCUCAGCCACCUCUUGCAUCUUCACAGCCCCAGCAGAUUCAGCCCCAGCCAAUGAAGGCCCAAACCCAGCCUCAGCCUGGUCCUGGAGCCCAGCCCAAGCCAGCUUCUCAAGGUGGCCCUUGUCCAGCGACGGGGCCCCAGGGGUCUCAGCUCCAGAACCCCCAGCAGCAGAGUGCCUCCCAACCACAGAAAUCACCGGGACCCCCCCAGCAAGCCAGGUCUGCCAGCACCUCCCCCAACCAGGCCUUCAAGCCGGGCACUUUCCCACCGCAGCAGCCCAGGAAUGCUACACAGGGGCAGCCAGGACCCAGCACAGCUCAGAGACAAACCCCACAGUUAAAUAAGUCUCAGUCUCUGACGAAUUCCUUCAGUGUCUCCGAAACGCCCCAGCGUGGGAAUGGGAUCGAGGAUGAGGCCAAGGCAGAGACCAUCCGCAGCCUGAGGCAGUCCUUCGCCAGCCUCUUCUCCGAUUAACUCACCCCCUCCCCGAGGAACCCUUGAGAGAGCCGCAGAGCUGGGAACCUCCCGACACCCAACAGGAGGCAGCGAUUCACUGCGUCCCUCGAUUUGAAGCUGCUUCUCAACGCAAACUGGGGUCCACACUCAGCAGAGUCUUGUGGGGCACUGGAAGGGAUCUGAAUUCACUAAAGCAUUUGCUCUUAGGGAAACUUUUCUCUACCCGUUUGUUAAUAAAGAACUUGAUAAUGUUACAAAACUGAUAGAUAUAUACUUGAAUUACAGGAGAUAUAACCCUUUAAGGUACACAAGGAAUUGAACGGUUGCUCAAACGGUUUCUUCUUAAAUACAUUUGAGAGCGACUCAAGUAUCACGAUGAGGAAGUUGACAAUUUGGACAGAUCGAACCAGGCAGUACAUUUUUAACCCUGUUUCGUGCACCUCAUUGCAAAAAUAAUAAAGUUAGCAUCAUUUUAUUUGUGGGACACAUGCACUAUGUCCCUUGUACCUUCAAGGGCUAACCCUGCUACAACCCCUUCAGUCCCUGUGUCUAUAAUUGCACCAUGCUGACUUUCCUAUCUGUGCUAAACUUUAUAAUGCAUACUGUACAUGUUGGCAAGGCAAUUUAUUAUCGUUCUAGAAAUUCAAUAACAAAAUUGUGUCGGAAGGGGAAAUAAUAAUAAUAAUAAAAAUACAGUCCAGGUUUACAAGUUUUUGGGUGGCAGUGUUAAGAUUUGCCGCUGUUUGAGAUCAUUAAAAUAGACCCCUGCCUGUUAAUUUAACCUAAUACGUUGUUUUGUAACAUUAGCAGGUUUUUGUUCUUUCUGUUUUUUAUGAAACGCUGGUGGAUUUCACUCCUGGUCCCUGCUUUUAACAUUCACUUCUUUCAUGAAGGAGUUGUUUUAUUUCUAUGUAUUUUUUUGUUCACUGUGCACUUUGCUAAACUAUUUGAAUGUUACACUAAUUAUUUCUUUAUGAAACUCUUGCUAGGCGUCUUUAACAAUAGUCUAGAAUUUUUUUUUAAUCCACCACCAAAA